AUGCAGAACGAAGAGGGUCAGAUCACAGAACUAUACGUUCGUAGGAAAUGCUCUGCUACUAACCGGAUGAUCACAUCAAAAGAUCAUGCCUCUGUGCAGCUUAACAUUGGUCAUUUAGUUUCUGAUGUCAUCUAUACUGGACAGUUCACUACCUUUGCUCUCUGGGGAUUUGUUCGUGCCCAGGGAGAUGCAGACAGUGGCGUGGACAGGCUGUGGCAGAAGAAGAAGGUCGAAGCCAAACAAACCUAA